AUGGACAUAGGUAAGAAUGUGGCUUCAUCACCGGGUUCUAAAGUACUCAACCCAUUUGCCGAACCAUUCGAACCUGCACAGAAGGAUAUGAAUGUGGCUUCGUCGUUCGGUGUUGUAUUGAACCCAUUUACCAGACCAUUGGAACCUGCACUAGAGAAUGCCAGGACUUUGUUCAUGACAUUUUCCCAUGGUUUCCCACUGGCUUGGUUCGAAAUCCGAGAUUACUUUACAGAGAUGUAUGGGAAUUGCGUGCAGUAUGUGUACAUACACAGGAGUGGAGAAUUUGGAAAAGUUGUGUUCACAACCCCACACAUGCCUGAGGCUAUAAUGCAAGGUGGGGAAGUUGUGACUUUUGCCAUUCGAAACAGACCUGUUUGGCUCAAGAGGUUUAUGCCCCGUGUGUCAACUUAA